AUGGGAUUCACUAGGGAAUUCAUGGAGGUGCAGGCCCAUGGAAACACCAAGUUGCACGUGAUCCACACCAACGACUUGUAUAAGGCGGCCACCACCAUCGAGCAGUACGAGCGACACCUCGAAUUUGAGCGCCACAAGAUCAUCGGAGUUGAUGUGGAGUACACCAGCGACGUUGGCGAAGGUCAGAAACCAGCCCUCGUCCAGCUCUUCAUCGGCAAGGAUCAUCUGGUGCUGCUCUUUCAACUGAGCGCCGCCGACAAGAACUGCACCAGGUUCGACAACUUCCUCGCCGACCCCAGAUACACGUUUGCUGGCUUCUCCAUCGACGGCGACAUAGAAAUGCUCGUCCGCGUCGGACUGGAGAUCGCCCAAUUCGUCGACAUCCAGAAGGAAUGGAGGGUGCGUACAGCUACCAAGCCUCUUGACUCCCUUGGCGAUGUCCCAGGCAUCCUUGUCCACGACUACUACAAUGACAUGAAGAAGAAGCUCACCAACGCAGAGCACCAGCGCUGGGCGCGCAUGCCCCUGUCCAUGAGGCACAUCGAGUACGCGGCAAAAGAUGCUUACACUGCGUACGAGAUAUGGAGCCGCCUCACCACCAUCCAGGAAGGGCUCCACCGGGCAAGACUCGAGAAGGAGCAGUCCAGGAAGCAUGCAAGGUCCUGGGGCGACUACGACUACUGA